AUGGGGAUACGUCCGGCGCUGGACAGAUUCUCUGCUCCCGCAAGGAUACAACGGCUCAGCAUCUUCGCCGUAGUGACUAUUCUGAUUGUUCUGUUUUUCCAAAACACCUUUGUGUCUGAGAACUCGGCAAUCGCCCAUCACAAAAAGGUCGACCGAUCGAGGUCUGAUUACUACCUGCAAUGGGGACCCUUCGAGCCGUUACCGAUACCGGGGUUCGUGAAUACUGGACUGCCUGGGAAGAGAUCGUGCGAUACUCUGAAAUACAACUCAACAGUGGGGGUGCAGAAGAGCUUCUUCCUCGACGAUGACAUCAAGCAAAUAGCCCUGUCCCUUGACUCGCACCCGAUGGUCGACUAUCCAGAUGAGAUGAUGAACGACCCCAUGCUAGAAGCGAAUGAGAUCAUAGACAAGACAUGGGCGCGCCUUUCUGGGUCCAGUGUUUGGCUGCCAGAGCAGAAGGUCUUUCUGUCCGUCACUCGAGUCAUCUUCUGCCCUUCAAAAACACGUUCGGUACCAAAGAUGAGCUUCUUGCGAGGUCAACUAUAUAAUCAAGACUGGGAACAUUUGGACAACCAUACCAUUACUUGGGGUGGACAGCAAUUCACAUUCCCUCUGGUCUUUGACGUCCCGACGCAGUGGGAGGAAGACGGAAGCUUGUACGGACCCGAAGACCCCCGGAUCAUCCUGGAGGACAAUGUGGAGGGUGCGGAGCCAGUGGUCAUUUUCAACAUGAUCGCAAGACGAACCGAGUGGAAGAGAGCGAUGUAUAUUUUCCGACCGUUCUCUAACUACUCGACUGUUCUCACUAUCAAGGACGCCGACCGACAACAUACCGAAAAGAACUGGGCACCAUUCUUCAUUCCGAACGAGCAACAGCACAGAGCAGUUGGUAACAACCCCUCGAAAGUGGUUGCAACUGUACGUCAUCCCAGCGAUUACAUCCAUUUCGUCUACAGCUUCAAGCCUCUACGAAUCUUGAAGUGCCAUCUCCGGUGUGGUGACUGCGAGUUUGAGUACGAGCAAGAGGUGCCUGACAACUUCAUGACCAAACACAAUGAGGACGGCGGGAGUCUACGUGGCGGAACCAACUUCGUCCCAGUUCCCCUCCCGUCAAGCAUGCAGAUCGACCCCCGAGUAAGAGUUUACGCAGCUUUCCCCCGAACCAACAUUGAGAAACAUUGUGACGGGAGUUUCUAUCGUCCCGAAUUUGUGGUCAUGAUCAACAUUGGCACUCAGUUCCACCUCGCCUUUGCUUCUGAGUCACUCGACUUUGGCAUCUCCCUCCUCGACCUGGGCCCCGAGGAUGACCGCUGUGACAAAGGCCGCAUUCUUAUUCCCAACAGCGUCGCCGAGUGGGAUACGAGCGAUGGCCACGACGUGAUGAGUGUGACGUUCAGCGUCAACGACGAGACUGUUCAAGUCGCUCGUGUUCAGGGGUUGUUGGCGUUUGUCCGGAACCUACCUCAAUUCAAGACACUCCUGAAAAAGGACGGCCUUCUCAAGGGCGCUGAUUCCGAUCUGAUGAGCACAUUGUCUUCCUGGGUCGGGGACGACGUCCGUGGUUGUCUUGUAGAGGCAGCUCUCAACUACGCCGCAGCAGCACAAGAGAUUACGCACCCGAAAGAGGGAGGAGAAGUCAUGGAUGUGACCAAGGAGCUGAUGCUCAAGCUCAAACAGGAAGCCGACAGCGCUAAGCAGAAGGACGAAGAAAUCUUCAACCACGGGUUUGAACCAGGGCAUGUCUAUCUCGAACAUCCUCCUGAUGUCGACGGUGCCGUUGGCCCAGAGCCCUUCCGCUUCGAGAUGUUGGGCGAGUUUUCCGACGUCGAAGGUCUGUCCGUGGAGGGCUUGGACGGCGAUGGUCAACAAAAUGAAGAUACGAAAGACGAUGCCAAUCGAGAAGAGGGAAAAGAAGGCGAGGAAGAAGAUGAGAAGAAAACAGAUGGAAACGAGAACCCGGACGAGGAUACAACAGGGCAGGAGAAGGGAGCGAUGGAGCCAGAUGAGGAGGUGAAUGAGGACGAUCCUCAGGGGGAAGACCAAAAAGACGAACAGGCGCCACAAAACGAACCCGAACUCAACCCCAAACCACAGCAUGCUCACCAUCGGUACCACAACCAUCAGAAUAAUCGCAGAAUGUGGCCGUAA